AUGGCAGAUGCACAAUCAUCCACGGCGGACCAGCUGUUCGUUCGUCCCACUCAGACAUCCCACACCGAUUCGCAGCCCCCCUCUUGCGAAGACACGCAGCAUCAGAUGGACUCGCAGAAGGAAAAGGAUUCUACGAGAAACCAUGUACUUCCGACGACGUCAAAACCAUCAACAUCAUCACCUGCAGAGAGCACCGGGUCAGAAAAUGCUGUCUGGAGCCAUCUGAUGGCCACCGUCCGGCCAACGCUGCUGGCUGAAAUCGAACUCAUCCUUCUUACCAUCUUCACCGGCAUGCAAGAUGCCGUUUCCUUCCCCGACUACCACUGCUUCGCCUCCAACCAGACCGGCAACACCGUCUUCCUCAUGCUCGCCCUUGUGCUGCCGCACCUCAACGGCGAAAUGUUCUUCACUGCCAACAUCGGCGCCGCGCUCGGCUUCUUUUUGGCCGGCGGCUGGCUCACGGGCCAGCUUAGCCACAUCAUUGGUCCCCGCAACCGCCUCUGGCUGAUUGCUUGCAACUUUUGGCAAUCCGUCCUCGUCUUUGGUGCUGGCGCCAUCCAGCAUGUGUAUGGCAUCGAUAUGGUGGGCAGCCGCACCAUCGCCGUCAUCAGCCUGCUGGCUUUCGCAUCCGGCAGCCAGGUCGUCCAGUCUCGCUCGCUGGCCAUGACCGAGAUCAGCACCGCCAUGGCCACCGCUGCCUGGGUCGACUUGCUGAUCGACCCCAAACUGUUUGUCCUCUCCAACCGCCCGCGCACCCGCCGCGUCGUCUUUCUCUUUGCCCUCGUCGUCGGUGCCCUUCUCGGCGCCGCCAUCUACCGUACGGUCGGCUCGUCCGUGGCCAUUCUCGUGUCGGCGGGUGGUAAGAUGCUGGUGGCGAUCAUGUACCUCUUUAACGAGGCUGAGAAGCCCAAGGAGGAGGACUCGACCGUGUAA